AUGUCUCAAGCCAAUCAGCUGAUUUAUGUUGUGACAGUUUGUGGGUGCACAACAGAACGGACAUUCUCAUCUAUUUACAUAUUGAUUUCAACGAACCAUUUGCAUCUAAUCAGUAUUUCCUAAUCUAAUCGUAAGAAAGGGCAUUUGCAAUAUUAUCUUUUGGAAGUUGUGUCGUCAAUUUCCGAAGCGGUUGGUGCGUGCGCGAAUGUAUGUUGAUUUUUCCUGCUCUUCUGUAAUCGUACGGGUGUUUCGAAACAAACAAAAAUGACGUCACGUGCAGUUUUCUGUCAUUAAAAAUGACGCAGUAGUUGAAUUAGAAAAAUGUUAAAUUUCUUAUAGAUGAAAAGAGUUUUUCAAGCAAAUUAGUUCGCAAAGUGUUUGUGCGACCAUCGCCCUUGGUCUCAGCCAAAAUUCAUGUGCUGUCAGCUACCAGGAAGAGUCACAGACCCCUUUUGCCUUUGUCCUUCACCUUGAUGCUUAUUUUAAUUCCACACCCUUUGUUUCACCACAACAUUAUAUAAAUAAUCAUUCCUUACAUUAUAAUUACAGUUGUCCUAAAAAUAAAAGAAGAUUGUUUUGUGUUUUAAUCAAAAUGUCAGCUGAUUCACCAAUCAAGGCUAAGCUCAACCAUGGCAACAAUAUUGUUUUGCCUCAACAAGUCACCGAUCCAACUAUAUUGGACAGUGUGGCAGGUUUUAUAAAUGAUGUUGUUCCAAACGCUUACAAUUUGCCUUCUGAUACCAAAGACCAAAUUCAGUGGGCAAGAUUUGAGCGGGUGGAGGUUGAUGAACUAAAUAAUUGUUGUAUGAACGGUGACAAAGUUAUUCCACCAUCAAUUAUUCUUGUUUUGGGGUACACAACUGGCAUUCAGAUUUGGGCAAUACAGGCCAAUGGCGAGGCAACUGAAAUUUUAUCCUGGAGACAUGGCUCAGUUAGAGUCUUAAGAAUUUUACCAUGUCCUUACAGAGUUGGUUACAAUGUUGUUGAUUCGUAUAAUUCAAAGAGACCAUUGAUUGCCCUUUGUGAUACUGUAACUCCAGGCUCUGAUUAUUGUUCUUUAAGUUUUAUUUCUCUUAGAACUGCUGAACAGGUGAAAUUGAUUAGAUUUAAAAAUCAAAUACUAGAUGUGGUGGCUAAUAGAAGAUCAGUUGUUGUAACUUUCUCAGAGAGGAUAGCUAUUUUCGACGCUUUCAACUUGGAAGAUAAAUUAACAAUAACAACUUGUUAUUUAAGUCCUGGAAUUUAUCCUAAUCCUGUUGCUCUAGGCCCUCGCUGGUUGGCUUAUGCCGAAAAUAAACUACUUCCAGCCAGAAGAAGUAGUGGUGGAAAUGACGGCGAAGGAGUGCAGGUGAGUUACACUGCAACUGUAUUACAUGCUGCGAAGUCGCUGGGACGAGGAUUGCGGGAAUUGGGCGAAACUGUUGCGAGUAGUUUGACUGGAAAUGUACCACAUAAAGCUACAGUUACAGGAAGCUCGCUGAGCUCAGGACUAAACGAAGUGCAACAAAAAGGUGUCAUCACCAUUUUGGACAUUGAGAAUCAAAACAUAGAGAGUAAUGAAAAGGGAAUUCACGGAGAGGGCAUUGUGGCUCAUUUCACGGCACACAAAGAAGCUGUUGUUUAUUUAUCUUUCGAUCCCAGCGGACUUUUGCUCUUGACAGCUGAUAAAAGAGGCUACGAUUUUCAUUUGUUUCGUAUCCACUCGCACCCAGGAGGACCAGCUUUAGCUGCAAUUCAUCAUUUAUAUAUUUUGCAUCGUGGUGAUACGACAGCUCGUGUCCAAGACAUGUGCUUUUCGCCGGAUUCACGUUGGGUGACAGUGUCUACACUUCGUGGAACAACUCACGUGUUUCCUAUUACACCGUACGGUGGAAAUGUUGGUGUAAGGACACACGGGACUCCACACGUCGUUAACAAAAUGUCAAUGUUUCAUAGAUCCGCCGGAUUGACCGCAGAAGGUCGAUCCAAUAGUCCACUUUGCAUCUUGGAAGCCCCGAUAAAUUCUAACUUACCAUAUCACAACCCGAGAUUACCUCCGUAUCCCCAUCCAACAGUUGUACAUCCUUUGGCACAAAUUCGUCAGCCUUUAUUUAUUCAGAAUUCUGGGAGCCAACCGAGACAAAACAUUGGCAGGCAACGUUUGGGUUCUUCGUCUGAAGAUGGUUUGCAGGUGUCUUUGAGAGUGACCGCUUGCUUUGCACCCGCACGUGCUUGGAUAGAACCUGUAAAUCAGUGUCGUGAGACGGGCGUCGUUAAGCCUCAAGUGAGACCAGUCGAGUCGCUGUUUAUAAUGUCUUGUCAUGGCUCCUUGAUUCAAUACGAUUUGGAUCCACACCAUGUUACCUCUGGUCCCAAAGAUAAAAUUUGUAGUGAUACUUUGAUCGAGUUGUCUGUAUUAGCAAAGGCACAAUGGUUGCUUCAAAGAAUACCUGGCGGAAAAGAUAUCCAGAUGCCAGUGUCAAAUGAAAAUCUGAAUUUGAUUUAUAAAGAAGAAUUACCCUAUAAAGAAAGUAAGCCCAGUCAUACUGAUGAUAGGUGGCUUUCGCAAGUGGAAAUUAUUACACAUGCAGGUCCCCACAGGAGGCUCUGGAUGGGACCUCAGUUCAGUUUUAAAACUUACAACAAUGGAACUGGGGCUUCUGUGAAUAUUAUAGAAGCACAAUCAAUAGAUGUGGUGCGUUCGAAACCAGUGAAUAUGCCCUUGAAUGCGGCAUAUCCAAUUCUUAUUGAAGCUGGUUCCGUAAGCAGUUGUGAACCGUCUCCCAAAUUUUUGGAUACUCUGCAACGUAAUUUUGAUGACGUGGGGGGCGCCUGCGAACUCCAAUUAAAAGAAGAAUUGGCGGAUGCUAUGCUCGAAUCUCCAGGUAUUAGAGAAUCUGGUGGGCGCUGUGUGAUUGUUGCAAUGAAACCUCAUAAUUCUGGUGGUGUCGCUAAAGUUGUGAAUCCGCUCGGGAUGGUCGUUACAGUUCAAUCGGACGAUGAAUUGGAAGUGGAACCACCAGAAGAAAUCAUUCAUGAGAACUGCGACGAAGCUCUGUUUCGACCAGUCAUUGCAUCCAAGGCUAUUGUUUUUGCUGAGCCGAUGAACGUUCAGUCCAAAGUCGCCGUUAAUGUGCUACACAUCGAAGACAAAAUGCCAUUCAGGAAAGAGAGAAUAACUAAACCGGAGAAUGUCAAGAAGUCGAGGGAAUCGUCUCCGAAGCGUUGCAAGGAUUCUAAAAAGGCCGAUAGGAAAUUGUUGUCGCAAAAUAUUUUAGAUCAAACCAAUUUGCUUUUAGAUAAAUUGAAAUUGGAAUAUAAAGGAGAUAAGUGUAUCACCGACGAAGAUAACUCUGCUUUGGUAGAAGAACAAUUAGAUAUCAAGGAACUUGAUAAAGAUAUAUUAGGUUCAGAGUGCCAAACUACUUUCCUCGACGAUGAAGUAGAUGCUGUAGAUUCGGAUAUAUUAAAUUUGCCUGAUAUUGAAUUACCAGUCUUUACACCAUUGCCUUCAAAAGAAGCUGUGGUAGAAACGUACCAAGAUCCAUUUUUCGAUGCUAGUGAAGCAAUAGAUGAACUAUCUAUAUUAAAUGCCUUUUGCGCUAAAGAGAAACUAGAGUCGUGCGAACUCAGUCAAAUAAAAGCAACUACGAUCGACGUAGAAGUGUUUGAUUCAUUAAGUGCGGAUCCAGAAUUGACCUUGGAGACGUUAAAAGAAGAUUUGCCUAAAAAGCCCCGUAAACCUAAAGCUAAGCUUGGCGUCCGCAUUGGUAACUUGAAUAAGGAAGGUGGCAGUGUUUGGAAAACUGAAGAAUUUAAACUUGAUUCAUCCGUCGAACCCACAUCCACCGUCUGGCCACAAGAUCGAAAGGCUGAUCCGAAGUCAUCUGAUGACGAGAAGAUCGAAACAACUGGUAGCCAAACCGAAACAACAGAGAGCGAUGACUCGUCUAAGGUACCGGUGAUUAUAAUGGACACUGAAGAUGAUCCACAAGUUGACGUGAAGCCCAGUAAGCCUGUAAAUAAGAGUAAAAAAUCAAAAAAGAAACGCCGAUAAAUUCAUUAUUGCUGAAACCAAGAUCUUGUACUAGAAAAUCUCAGUAAAAAAAAAAAUCGGAGUUUUAUUGUUUGUUUUCAAUAUUGAUUUUAGUAUAUAAUAAGUUUGGAUAUUAUUUGCGUCAGUAUAUUUUGUUCUGGUCAAUAUGCAGGGUUGGUAACAUUACAUAGAGUGCAAUACAAAAGUGGAUAACUUAUCAUAGCUUUAGAUUAUAAAUAAUAUAAUUAUAUAUUGGGUCCAAGCAUUGGAGUCAUAUAUUACAACAAAUGUGGUAAAAAAAAAUGUACAAAAUUACAGAAAA